AAGAAGAAACAAAAGAGAAACUAUCUAAAGUUAUACUAGCAGAAGCACUUCGACGCAAAUUGGACAUAGGACAAGCGAACCCAUAUUUUCUACUUGCUUUGCCAAUAGUACGAAACGAGAGGAUACUUCUUUCUAUAUUUUGGUCCUUAAGUUCAGGGAGUGAAUUCACUGACCAGCAGAUGUAUCACUUUAACUAA